CACCCCACUCUGUUUGGGUGCUGCACGCUGGGAAUCGAGGAAGGGAGCUUUGUGGGGGGGGGGGGGGCGCUGACCCUCCUUCUUGAACACCUGGAGCGUUGUGCGUAGAUGCGAGGUGCCCUGGGGACCUUGCGAAGGCGACACGGACGUUGAUAUAAACAGCAGCGGCAGCAUCAUCCGAGGCGAGUGCUGUGCGACGACUUGAGCGACACGGACCCCCCCCCAUCCCCACGCCACAGCUCUCGUCGUACAAGCGGACCCUGCCGCUCCAACUGAGCCCCAUCUUUGCUAGAGACCCCCACUCCCCGCACACACAAAUGGAUAUCGUCUCGGUCGUCCUCGUCACCGCCGUCACCAUCAGCAUCACCAGCGGCAGCAGCAUCAGCAGCGGCAGUGCCAGCAGCAUCACGGUGGCAUAUCAACACCCGGAGUUGCACUCGACCUCCCCAACAUCAUCAGCACCAAUAUCACCAUCGGCAUCACCAUCGUCAUCACCAUCGUUCAACGAGACGAGUACCGCGUCCGGGAGUUCCAACCACACGAGUAGCGGCUUCCCCUACGACUACAACUACGGCUACGACACCGCGGGCGCGGAGUGCGACUACAGCGAGUGGAACGUCACGCCGACGCUCAUCCCCAUCGUCUACUCGCUGGUGUUCGUGUGCGGCCUCGUGGGCAACGGCCUCGUGGUGUGGACCAUCGCGCGCCUCAAGACGCGCAAGCGCAACACGGAUCUCUACAUCGCCAGCCUCGCCUCCGCCGACCUUGUCUUCGUGCUCACGCUGCCCCUCUGGGCCGCCUACACGGCCCUGGACUACCACUGGCCCUUCGGGGGCUUCCUCUGCACCCUCAGCAGCUGCGUGUCCAUGCUCAACAUGUACGCGAGCAUCUUCUGCCUCACCUGCCUCAGCCUCGACCGCUACGUGGCCGUCGUCUGCUCGCUGAGGUCCCACUCGUUCCGCACGGCGCGCGUGACCAAGGCUCUGCUCGCCGGCGUCUGGACUUUCUCGUCGCUCAUGGCGCUGUUCACGGCCGCGCUGGCCACCACCAAGACCAUCGCCGAAGAUCCCGCCGACGCCGACGACGUCAGCUACGACGACGACGACGGCUACGGCGCGAGCGGCGGCCGAGUGGUGUGCGUGGUGGAGUACUCCUCGCUGGGCAGCAACGGGGAGAUGUCUCCCGACUGGUGGAACGCCAUGGCGGGCCUCUUCCACACGUCGGCGAGCUUCGUGCUGCCCGAGGUGGUGAUGAUCUACUGCUACGCGUGCAUCAUGGCCAAGAUCCAGAACCACUUCACGCACGUGCGCAGGGAGAGCGACAAGCGUCGCCGGCUGCUGAGGACCAUCUUCAACCUGGUGCUCACCUUCACCGUCUGCUGGCUGCCCUUCCACGCGGUGAAGGUCACGAACGCGCUCGUUCACUUCGGCGUGCUGCCCACGCGCUGCGGCCUGGAGCGUUUCAUUUUCGUGGGGCUGCCCUACACGGUGAGCCUCGCCUACGUGAACAGCUGCCUCAACCCCUUCCUCUACGCCUACUUCGACCCGCACUUCAGGUCCACGUGCCUGGGGGUGCUGCGCUGCGCCACCCUCGAGGCGCUCAUGGCCGCGCAGGUCAGCUCGGCGGGAGGAUCCGGCGCCGCGACGGCGUCUCGCGACGAGCCCUCGUCCCGAUCCGACACCCCCGACGCGUGCGGCGGCGCCGCCGCCAAGGAGUCGAACGCGAGCGACGCCGCCGCCGCUUUGUGCUGCGGCCGCUUCCUGGCGCCGCCGGGCGCGCGCGCGCACACGGAGACCGAAACGUCGGACUUGCGCAAAAGUCCGACUCGAUUCCAGCACGAGUCGCCCGUUCGUGGCGAUAAGUAACGCGAUGCCACGGACGUGAACUUUCGCGCUCUCGGCUCGGAUGUCCCGGCCCCGGUCGUAGUAACGUGGAAUGUCCACCACGGGCUCAGGUGGGGUGGUGAACUGUGACCAGGAGAGAUGCGUCAAGGGAACCCACCGGCUUUGACUUUUAAUGUCGUGCUUUCGUUCCCGCCGUAAAGCGGACUUUAUAUCCGCUUGCAUUAAGACUUAUUGAGUUUGCAUUGCUAUUCGUGUGGAAUCGGGAUCGAUUUUUCAGACUCCAGGCUUUAUUUUGCCCAGCUGCCAAGGCUCCGUGGAGCUAAGCGACUCAAUUCCAAGGAGUGACCACAGCGCAAGACGGUCUGCAGUGGCGAUAGAGAAUCAGAGUAUCUGUCUUCUUGGUUCUUUCGGUAAAGUCACGUAGAAGGGAAGUAAUAAAAUAAUAAAAAUAAAACAUAAUAAAACAAUUCUCACGACGUUUCGGCCACAACGCAAGCAGCCGUCCUCAGGCGAAGAAUGAAGCACCACCAAGCUUGGAGCGUAUAUUUUAUGUUUUAUUUUUAUUAUUUUAUUACUUCCCUUCUACGUGACUUUACCGAAAGAACCAAGAAGAUGAAUCCCUGCAGUCACGAAAGCUUUAAAUCGAAAUCAGAGUAUCUGUGUUUAUCCUGGAGAAAAUCAGAUGUCCUUUGCCGGGAGUGAAUGUGACAGGCCGCGUUCAUUUACACGCCGCCCAAGCCAGAACUUUCUGUAAAUCAGGAUACACAAUGGCAUAGUUCUUAAAAAAUAAACGUAAAAAAACAAAUGCACGAGUUAUAGCGAUCGCAAUCGUGACAGAUUUAAUCCGUGGCUCGAGAAGGUAAAAGUGGAAUAUUAAGAUUGGUCAAAAGGACAUUCCAAAGUCGGGCACUGCGAAAGGGAAGGAGGUCAUGGAUUUCUCGGAAUGCAUUGUGAUUUUAAUGAAUAAACUUCUGUAAAUAAAUAAAAUCCAUCGCAAAAAUAUCUCGCCACGUCCUCCCCAAGCGGCCGCCUCUGCUUUAUGUGACCCGGUCGAGGCUUACGAUACACACUGGCACACAAGACAAAGAUUCCCCAAGUAGCCUUGAACAGAUUUUUGGGGCAAGUGCUGCUAGCAAGCACCUCUUAAGACCGACACGGCACACGAGGGGACGGGUGGUCAGCACCCAGUGCUGAUGUUUUAAUUUUAUUUUACUCCACACCGUACUAGCUUGCCCAUUUGAGGCUGAAUCGACCUAGCUGAGGCCCAGGACCGAUUCAGAUAAUCGUCACCGGUGCCUGCCGUGAGCGGGAAUCGAACUCGGCUAGCCGGUCUCGUAACGCGCUACCCACUCCCCACACGCACAGACACACACACAGACGCGCACUGAGAUACACCGACACACAUGCGCACUGCCACACGCUAGGAAAGACUGUCCCAUAGAAACGUUGUCGUUACGUUGGUUCGUUGUGCCACUGCUGUGCAAAACAAAGCGUCGCUGCUCAUCACUUGAGAACACCUUGAACCUGCUCCACCCACCCCACUCACCUGGGCGCUGCUCACGCAUAGCCUUAGCACUCACCUUCCCCACUCACCUGUACUCCU